AAGGUGUAAGUGUUCUUGCUUAAGUUUGGUCUCAUGUGUUGUGUGUUUAGCUGGGCAUUGACUCCAUAAAAUACUGGACUACAGUCAGUUGUGGUAGCUAACUUCAGACACAUUCAUCAGAACGAGGUUUCUCUGUAGCCGCCAAUAACGGAAGCGUUGUCAACACCUUGGAUGUUUGCACUAGUGCCACUCGUCCUUAGGAUCAAUGGCGUCCUGUUUACCAGAGUUGAUAGGAUCAUGUUCCAACAUCAUUUUGUCUGCCACGGCGCUACACUCAUCUCAUAGACUCUUUAAGGAUCACAGGGCUCCUUCAGUAGGCCUCUUCCUGCUUGGACUUUCUGCAGCACUUUGCAUUUUCCAUCCCUCCAGCUCAUACCUCACCUCCAUCCAGAGAGAAGCAGAGUGGGCCGGUGAGGUUCUGGCUCCAGCACUCGUCUCCUUUGACUUCCUGUGGCUCAGUGAAGACCGCAACACGGCACAUAUUCUCCUGUGUGGCUCUUGUCUGCUGCUGGCACUGUGUGAUUGGCUCUCAGCAGAUGCUCUCAUAGUAAUGACGCGCUGCCUGGGUCUGUCUUCCCUGUCCUGCUGCCUGACAGUGUGCAUGUUUGCCGGUAAUGCUUUAGGGGCCUUGGGCGGUGUGGCCCUCAGCCUCCCGCUGCUUGUGGUUCUAAGAGAUGGGACAAACACUUUAGCUCUGUUCAUUUCUCCACCUGCAACUGAGGGACCCGCCAAGUGGCUUUUAAAAGGCUCCAUGUCUCUUGGCUGUUGGGCCUCCACACAGGCUCUCAGCAAGUUUCUGUUGGAUGUGACUGACCGUUGUAACAUGGUUAUUUAGCACAUUAAUAAGGAUCUGUAUGAUUAGUCAGGAUCUGCGUAUAUUUAUGGACUGUCAAGUGACAAAUUGGACCUAUGCAACACAUAAUGUGCCUAACUUAAAAGGUUUUCAGGACGUUUGUGAGAGAGAUUUGAGUUUAGUUAACUUUAUUACUAUUACAACAAGCAUUGUUAGGAAUCUCAUGUGCAACAGAACUAACAGAACAAUCAACACAACAUGAAACAUGAAAGCAUCAUAAACAUAAGAACAGAUUGAAAUACACAAAUUUAACUUGUAUCCUAAUCUUAGUUUCCAGUAGUGCUGAAAUUAUUAGCUGAUUCAUCAACUGACAGACAAUGAAAUGGCAACAAUUUUGAUAAAGGAUUAAUCAAACAAUUAUUAAUUAUCAUGCAAAAAUGCCACACAACACCUGGUCCCAGCUUCUCUAAUGUGAGGAUUUCCCGCUCUUCUCUUUGUUAUGUCAUUAUGACUGAAAUAUUCUUGGGUUUAAGACUGUUCUUCUGACAAAACAUUUUGAAGAUUUCACCUUGGGCUCUGGGGAAUGAAAGGUUUUUUUAACUAUUUUCUGACACGUGGAUGACCUGAUGAAUCUAAAAAGUAAUCGAUGGGUUUGAUGAAUUCAUCAAUAUUAAUAGUAAAAUCGUCACUUGCAGCACUAGCUCCUAAGGCCACAUUCGCUGAGUUAUGACAUUGUUUUACAUAUGGCUGUUUAAGGACAGAAAACAAAUCAGCUAUAAUUAAGGAAAACAGUUAGGGCUGAUAGAAAUGGAAAAAUUGAUUUGACGUUAAAUCAUUUUCAUUUGCAUCACACUUUGUCUAUAAAAGUGAAAAACCAGGUCAAAUCAUCUGUAUAGUUUUGGGAAGCCAAACCGGCGGUGGACUUUCCAAGUAUUUCAGAAAUUAUUCAGAAAUCUGAUCUUGUAGUUUCUUUGUAUCACCACAUCCCGUUCUGCAUCGGGUGUUUCACUGGAAUUUACUGUAGCUGCUAAACCAAGACGGUGGCUGAACUUCAUCUGAAUAAUAGCACAGGAUUAGACAAAACACAGACACCACUGAGCAAACCCAUUUAUAUGAGAGUAUGCGACCACAAUUCACAACCGAUAGCUCAUGGUGGCAUUCAACAUCGCUCUGGUGUAGCAAUAUGUUUUUUUAUAUACUGGAAGUGACUGGGUUAACUUUAACAAGCUAUUCAAUUUGACUAUGAUGCAGCCAGCAUGUGGACAUUUUGAUAAUUUCCAAGAAUGUGUAGCAGGCUGUACCCACUCUCAGGCCAUUAACAUCCUCCUCACAUCUCUCUGCCAACAGUUUUAGUGUUGUAUAUUCCAAAAACAUCCAGCUGCCUAAGAGUCUUGGUCCUGUAUGUUCUGCAGCCUCAGCAGUGUGACUGUUUAAGUAUCCGCAGUGGUCUAAAAUCUUGGCCCUGCUUUUACCUCAUCAUGCCCAUGUGAUACUUAUCAAUGCACUUUUUAGUACUUCCUUGGUUUUCAGUGGCUGUAAUGGUAACAGAAAUGACCUCAUCUGUCUCUCUUACAUCAUGUAAAUGAGGUUUGUCCACGGUGUUGUCCUUGUGAGAUGUUAAUAUCCCUUUCAGAGAUUUGGAGUGGACGCUGCAGACUCUCUCAGGAUUUCAGAGUUGAGCGGAUCAGGGAACUGCACUGAGCAUGCUCGCUGCAGAUGCAGCCUGUAGAUGGAGCAAAGUGGAGAGGAGGAGAAAGGGGUGGAGAGAGAACGACAGAGAGGGAGUAACACAGGAGCUGCACACAGCGCUGGGAUGCUGUUGCAGCUCUGAGAACAAGGGCUGCAUGGGAGGAUUUGUCAUUGACAACACAGAUGGAGUGCGAAAGGGGAAUUCAAAUGGCUGGAAUGUCAGAUUGUCAUCACCAAAGAGGAGAAGAUAUGUGAUAAGGGACUCUUGGACAGCGUGGAGAUGUAUGCCUUCUACUCCCUUUUAGUCUACAUCUUCUACACUGUCUUUAAGAAGGAGGAGGAGGAAGCCUUGGAGGGGGCGUGUGGAGCUUCCUCAGACGAGCCAGGACCUGUUUCCAUGGAAACAGGGAGCAGAAGGAGAGAUGGCCACACCUCCAAAAUGGGAAAAAAGGCUUGUGCUCAGCUUAGUGAGUCAAGCAGUAGCAGUGACAGUGAUGAAAUAGCUCUGAGUGAUGAGGAUGAGAAAGACGGCCCUGACAUCCCAGCAUGCACUCCUCUGGCCGCCUUUUUGUCCUUUAAGCAGGAGGCUGAGAAGAGGAGGGCCUCACAAGUUCAGCUGGAAACAACAGGAAAGUUGUCAGAGUCUCCCCUGGUGGCGGUGAUGUCCCACUUGCUGACUUUUCUGGAGCAGUACUCUCACUUCCAGCAGCUGCAGCAGCAGGCCGACCAGUACCGGGUCCAGCUGAAGAGGCACCGCGUCCAGCACCGCCGGCAGAUGAAAGCCCUGCGGGCUUCCUACCGCCAGCGUCUCAGGGACAAGAAUAGCAUCAUCAGCAGCCUGGAGGAGGCCAUCAGCCAGCAGCAGACCCCCAGUCCACUGAGCGAGGGUGAGCCCAGCAGUGAUGCAGGGACACAAGCCGGCGUCCACAGGCUGGUGGAGUCUCUGUACGGUCUGCAGGGUGAGAGGAGUAAGCUGAGAGGAGAGCUGCGUCUGCUGCACUCCCAGCUGGAGCAGAAGGAAAGAGACAGACACUCUCGCAUACAGACCUUUCAACAGCAGAUUGAUGAGCUCAAGAGCUGCAUAGAGGAGCGUGAGGAGGAGCUGUCACGACUGAGAACGGCCACCGGGGCCACAGACUCAGAGAAGCGGGUUCUGUGUCUAUCAGCAGAGAACGAGAGUCUGAAACAGAGCCUGAGCGUUACCCAAGGCCUCCUGCAGCAGCUGUCAGCCAUCCCCUCCCAGUCCAGCACCAUGCUCAUCAAGGAGAAUGAAAGCCUCCGCAGCAGAGUGCAGCAGCUGGAGAUGUCCCUGCAGCAGCGUGCCGAGCAGCUGUCUCACCUGGAGCGACAGAGCGAGCAAAGUGAGUGGAGGAGAGAAGAGGAGCUGAGGAAACGAGAGGACCGAGUGCGGGAACUGCAGCUGGAGUUGGACAGAGAGAGAGGCAAGGAGCCAGUGGUGAAGUAUGUCACCCAGACUGUGGAGGUGGAAUCACCCGCCACAUUGAAGCACCUGACUAAAGCCAGACAGAGGAAUGAGCUGCUGUCCGAAAAACUGGCCAAUCAGAAUGAGCGGUGCAAACAGCUGGAGGAACAUAUCAGGAAGUCCGAUGAAUACAGCUGUAAUCUGCAGCACAAGAUUGCAGCGUAUGAGAGGGAAAUCGCUAAACUGAGAGAGGAACUGUUGAAAGAGAUUGGCCACUUGGAGGAAAGGAAGGAAGAAGCUGUGAAGGCUGCUGCCAACUGCUCAGCCGAGCACUUUCAGAACCUGCAGGACCAAUUCUUCAGCUUGCAGAAGCGUCUGACGGCACUCCCUCCAACUUUGCGCUCCAUGAAGACAGACUACACCAGUCUGAGGAGCCAGGUUCGAAACUUCUCAGACUUUUAUGGAGCAGCUAUCAGUGAUGCAAAAAAACAGAUUUCAGCAGCUAUCAGUGAGAUGUCUGAAGCCAACAAAGAUCUUCUGGAGAAGUACAGGAAGGAGGUUGCGCUGCGCAGGAAGUACCACGAGCAGCUGGUGGAGCUUAAAGGCAACAUCCGCGUGCUGUGCCGUGUGAAGCCUGUGCUGAAGGAGGACCAGCACGAGGAGGGCCAGUCUGUGGUGGUGACGACGGACCCCAACAACGAGUCCUCGCUCAACGUGCUGAACAAAGGAAAAGGUCGCAUCUUUGAACUGGACAAAGUCUUCCACCCUCAGGCCACACAGGAGGAGGUCUUUCAGGAGAUUGAGCCCCUGGUGACGUCCUGCAUCGAUGGCUACCAUGUGUGCAUAUUUGCGUAUGGACAGACUGGUUCUGGAAAAACAUACACCAUGGAGGGCAGUAUGGAGAAUCCAGGCAUCAACCAGCGAGCCCUGAAGCAUCUCUUCAGUGAGAUCGAGGAGAGGAAGGACAUGUGGUCUUAUGCCGUCACUGUCAGCUCUGUGGAGAUCUACAACGAGGUGCUAAGAGACCUGCUGAGCAAGGACGGAGAGAAACUGGACAUAAAAAUCAACCCGGACGGAACAGGACAGCUGCACGUGCCGGGCCUCAGGGUCAUCGAAGUUAAGAGCUUUCAGCACAUCAAGAAGAUUUUAGCCACAGCCCGGAGGAACAGGAUCACCUUCGGCACUCAGAUGAACCAGCACAGCUCCCGCUCCCAUGCUCUGCUCUGCAUCACCGUUCAGGGCACUGACCUCGCUACUGGGUCCAAAACCACUGGCAAGUUGAACCUGGUGGACCUGGCUGGCUCAGAGAGGGUAUGGAAGUCUGGUGCAGAGGGAGAGAGGCUGAAAGAGGCCCAGAAUAUCAACCGCUCCCUGCUAGCACUGGGGGACGUAAUCCAGGCACUGAGAGCUCGGCAGACUCACAUCCCUUUCAGGAACUCGCGCCUCACGUACUUAUUACAGGACUCCUUAGGCAAAGGCAGCAAGACCGUCAUGGUGGUGCAGGUGUCCGCACUGGAGAGCAACGUGGGAGAGACACUUUGCUCACUGAAGUUUGCCCAGAGGGUUUGCAAGGUGGAACUGGGUCCUGCAGCCAGGAAGAUUGAGUCUGGUGGAGGACAGUGCGACUGACAGCCUUGAAUCAACCACCUCCUGUUCCCAGUGAUGACCAGGACGCCAUGAAUGCACCAGUGAGAUUGUCAUUCACCCUACCGACCAAUCAUAAUGCUACAGCAUCACUGAGAUCAACAGCAAUCCUGCUCAAGGGCUAAAUGUGUUGAGUUCUGUGUGGCACCUGAAUGCCAACCUUUAAUUGAGGUUAGGUACUGAGGAUAUUGGCCUCCUCCUUGCCAUUUUCUGCUUCUGAAGUGGUAAGCCUUUAUCAUUAAAUAAUCUGCAUGCAGGAGUAUUUAUUCUUCCACUCUGAGUGCCAAAACAACAUUUGACUCAGUUUAAGAUUGGUUGCUUCCUUGAACUACAAUAACUCAGCUUCCUUUGUAUUAAAAACCAAAAUCCAGGAUUUUAUCGUAUCAGAUCUUAUCAGCCUUGUGAGGUUUCUUGCAGUGUUUAGCGCAGCAUCAUGUUCAAACAGGUUCAACAAGCUUCCAGAGUCACAACACUUCAGUUUUUGCAGUAUUAAUCAUGUUGCUAUAAAUGUCUGUAGUUUGUGAGCUUCAUCUCCAAUGUUGUAUAUUUUUGAAGGUUGUAGUGUGUAGGAGAACAUGUUUUGUAGCAAAACUAAGUCAGAAGCAUUUCAAUGACACUUAAGUCACAUAUUAGUGUAGUUUUUGUGAACUUCAGAAGAGCGCUUUCCGUUCCUCUUUGGAGCCUUGAUAAUUUGCCUCUUGGGAAAAGAAGAAAGAGAGCAGGUGGCCUUGUAUUAAGAGUGGUAACGCAAUGAACUGUGCAAUAUCCUCCUCAUCAAGGAGACAGUUUGGGCCUGCGUGCACAGAAGAUGCACUUUACUGUGAGUGUUUCCUUUGAAAAACAGGUAUUUAGGUGCUUGCAAUAGAUAUCACUUGUGAAUGUCAUACCAAAAGCAUCUUACUGUUAACUGUUCAUCAUUGUUCCUCUAUUUAUCACCCACUGAAUCAACACUAACUUUUGAUUCAAGUGUAGCAAGACAUUAAUGUUGCAGUAACUACGAUAGGGGUCACUUCAUGAUGAUUAGAGAGUGAAUUUUCAGAUCAUUUUCUGAAUAAAUAUGAUGUAUUU